ACUUCCAGCGGUGUCCGUGGUGCGUGUUAGUCGUUUCUGUGAAAUUAUGUGUAGGUUUUUUAUGUACCCGAUGUUUCUUGUCAAGCUCAGUAUUUAUGGACUAUUUGUAGCGGCGCAUCCCUCUCCCAAUUUACUCGGAAAGGGAAACCCCGGACCCAGGCGAAACCUAAUAUUUCCGGAUUCGGCCGAAAACGACGCUUUUGAGUUGUAUCCGGAAGCGUCUCCGUGGUGUCCCAAUCGCACUUUCUGCGAACACGUGACGAAUUAUCCGGCGGAUUUGUUCCACGAGAUUCUAGAAAGCACGAACUACGGCGAAAAGUAUUCGCUUUAUUUUCGGAAAAUCGAGGACGACGGGUUCCAGGCCCGGAUUGACGACAAAGAUGAGAACUUUUUGUGCCCUUCGACGAAAAUGGUGGUGUAUCCGCAAGCGGCCUACAAUGUAAAACACCAGCUGAAGUUUAUCUACAACAUGGACAGUUACAAACAAGGGGUGAUUAUAGAAGUUUGUGUAAAAAAAUCCAGGUGUAGACUUUACGAAAACGUCAGAAAUUUUAAAACUAAGUGCACUCAGAAGUUUGUCCAGAAGUUGCUACUGACAGCAGACGAAAAUGGGAAACCUUACGUCGAUCGGUAUAUUUUCCCAGUGGCGUGCGUUUGCUCCUAUAAAACUUUGACCAGUUAUUCGAGGUUUUCCGACUUGUAUAGGUGAAGCUCCGUUGGACGGAGGAAAUGGUGUAAAUCGCUGAUAGUCGAAAAAGGAUUUUCAGACUUCAAAACUUAACAACAAAAAAUGUUAUGUAUAUAUUUCUGGAUUCAGCUGGAAACUGAAUCAAAUUCACGAAAAUAGAAGACGUUUUCUCGUUAUUUGUGGAACAAAAUGUGGACAAAAAAACUGAUGGUUGUGGCAGACUAUAAUACUUGAAGGGGCAUCAUCGAAACGGCUUUUUCCCCAAGUCCGGAGUAUCAAACAAAAUAUAAACAUAAAACUGUGGGAAGGAUACAAGUGAUGCAGGACUCGGAAGGCCGUAUUAUGUAGAUGUCACAAAUUUGCAUCUGUUUGAUGUAUGGCCGGCUAUAAAUAGAAGAAACAUUUUUCCACAUUAUAUUCAUACUUAAACCUUGGACUGAAACGGAAUGGAAAAGUGGCAUUGUUGAUGCAGAGAAAUUUUAAAGCUUU